GGGAGGAAGAAGGAAAUAACAACACACUUCUGAUUGGCUGACAUCUCCCACCUGUUGGACAAGUCACUGAUGUUUUUCUUAGACAUGGACGGAAGUUGUAAAGGUGUGCCGGUGUCCUCGGAUCAGAUGCACACUAACAUCAGGACUGACGAGGAAGAAAUGAGCGGCUUCUUCUCUCCCAGUGUUUCCUCGACAAGGUGAACUAAAUCUAUAAGUUGAGUGAAGUUAAGCAGGUGAAAACUCCACUAUGAAUCAGUGUGAGGGCAGAGAGGAGGGAGUCCCCAUACCCUGCUGUAAGUUCAUUAAAGAUCUCCGGUUGUUUGAACUUCCUGACGUCAAAGAUGGACAGCAGCCUACAGUUCAAAGCCCAGAGCAGCAGCAGCACACACCUGACUCUCCUGGACCUGGACCCAGCUGUGUGUCCUCCAAAGGUGACUGGUCUAUUGUUGUUACGGUCUAUGGACCUCUUGACUUGAAAGAUGGACACCAAUCUGAUGAUCAAAAGAUCCAACAUGAGAGACCAGUCUCUCCUGGACCUGAACCCACCUGUGUGUCCCUUAAGAGUGACUGGUCUAUGGAUCGACCUAUUGACUUCAAAGAAGGAAAGCAUCCUGAUCACCAAAGGAUCCAACAUGACAGACCCGGCUCUCUUGGACCUGAAGCUGGACCUGAACCCAGCUGUGUGUCCCUUAAGAGUGACUGGUCUAUAGAUCGACCUAUUGACUUCAAAGAUGGAAAGCAGUCUGAUCGACAAAGGAUCCAACAUGAGAGACCAGACUCUCUUGGAGCUGAAGCUGGACCUGAACCCAGCUUUGUGUCCCUGAAGAGUGACUGGUCUAUGGAUCGACCUAUUGACUUCAAAGAUGGAACACAUUCCAAUCAACAAAGUUUUUCUUGCAGGAUCCAACAGCAGAUACCAGUCUACCGUGCACACAGUUGUAUGUCCAUGGAAAGUGACCACUUCAGAACGCUUCAUACCAAGAGACAAGAAAAUCGUUUUAGCAAAUUGGAGCAGCAGAGAUCAGAGGUUCCCAUUGGUCAGUCUGCUCAGCAGCAUCAGACACAGCAUGACUCCAUAUUUAUGUUGCUGGAGGAAAACAUUGUUACUUUUGUGAAAAACGAGCUGAAGAAGUUCCAGAAGGUUCUGAGUCCAGAUUACCCAGAAAGCUCACAGAGUCAAAGUGAGGAUGAGGAUGAAGAGCAGAGGAGCAGCAGAGAGGCAUUUCUUAAGAUCACACUGCAGUCCCUGAGGAGAAUGAAGCAGGAGGAGCUGGCUGACCGUCUGCAGAGCAGAACUAAUGCUGCAGUAAGCCAAUGGAAACUUAAAUGUAACCAGCAAAAGAAGUUCCAGUGUGUGUUUGAGGGGAUUGCUAAAGCAGGAAACCCAACCCUUCUGAAUCAAAUGUUCACAAAGAUCUACAUCACAAAGGGAGGGACUGCAGAGGUCAAUGAUGAACAUGAGGUCAGACAGAUUCAAACAGCAUCCAGGAAACCAGACAGACCAGAAACAACAAUCAGACAUGAAGACAUCUUUAAAGCCCCACCUGAAAGAGAUGAACCAAUCAGAACAGUGAUGACAAAGGGAGUGGCUGGCAUCGGGAAAACAGUCUUAACACAGAAGUUCACUCUGGACUGGGCUGAAGGCAAAGCCAACCAGGACAUCCAGUUCACAUUUCCAUUCACCUUCAGAGAGCUGAAUGUGCUGAAAGGGAAAAAAUACAGCUUGGUGGAACUUGUUCAUCGCUUCUUUAAUGAAACCAAAGAAGCAGGAAUCUGCAGGUUUGAAGAUUUCCAGGUUGUCUUCAUCUUUGAUGGUCUGGAUGAGUGUCGACUUCCUCUGGACUUCCACAGCACUGAGAUCCUGACUGAUGUUACAGAGUCCACCUCAGUAGGUGUGCUGCUGACGAACCUCAUCAGGGGGAAUCUGCUUCCCUCUGCUCGCCUCUGGAUAACCACACGACCUGCAGCAGCCAAUCAGAUCCCUCCUGAGUGUGUUGACAUGGUGACAGAGAUCAGAGGGUUCACUGACCCACAGAAGGAGGAGUACUUCAGGAAAAGAUUCACAGAUGAGGAGCAGGCCAGCGGAAUCAUCUCCCACAUCAAGACAUCCCGAAGUCUCCACAUCAUGUGUCACAUCCCAGUCUUCUGCUGGAUCACUGCUACAGUUCUGGAGGACGUGUUGAAGACCAGUGACGAAGGAGAGCUGCCCAAGACCCUGACUGAGAUGUACAUCCACUUCCUGGUGGUUCAGACCAAAGUGAAGAAAGUUAAGUAUGAUGGAGGAGCUGACACAGAUCCACACUGGAGUCCAGAGAGUAGAAAGAUGAUCAAGUCUCUGGGAAAACUGGCUUUUGAGCAGCUGCAGAAAGGCAACCUGAUCUUCUAUGAAUCAGACUUGACAGAGUGUGGCAUUGAUAUCACAGCCGCCUCAGUGUACUCAGGAGUGUUCACACAGAUCUUUAAAGAGGAGAGAGGACUAUACCAGGACAAGGUGUUCAGCUUCGUCCAUUUGAGUGUUCAGGAGUUUCUGGCAGCUCUUCAUGUACAUCUGACAUUCAUAAACUCUGGUGUCAAUCUUCUGUCAGAAGAAGAAACAACCUCCCGGCUGCCUAAAGUCUUCAGAGACAGACCAAAACUAAAACAUCUCUACCAGAGUGCUGUGGACAAGGCCUUACAGAGUCCAAAUGGACACCUGGACUUGUUCCUCCGCUUCCUCCUAGGUCUUUCACUGCAGACCAAUCAGAAUCUCCUACAAGGCCUGCUGACACAGACAGAAAGUAAUUCUAAGACCAAUCAGAGAAAAAUCCAGUACAUCAAGAAGAAGAUCAGUGAAGAUCUGUCUCCAGAGAGAACCAUCAAUCUAUUCCACUGUCUGAAUGAACUGAAUGAUCAUUCUCUAGUGGAGGAAAUCCAACGGUCCCUGAGAUACGAAACUCUUUCCAAAAGUAAUUUUUCUCCUGCUCAGUGGUCAGCUCUGGUCUUCAUCUUACUGUCAUCAGAAAAAUAUCUGGACGUGUUUGACCUGAAUAAAUAUGGUGCUUCAGAAGAGGCUCUUCUGAGGCUGCUGCCAGUGGUCAAAGCUUCUAACAAAGCUCUACUGAGUGGCUGUUUUCUGUCAAAGAGAAGCUGUGAAGCUCUGUCCUCAGUUCUCAGCUCUAAGUCCUCUAGUCUGAGAGAGCUGGACCUGAGUAAAACCACCCUGUGGGAUUCUAAAGUGCAGCUGCUGUCUGCUGGACUUCAGAGUCCACACUGUACACUAGAGACUCUCAGGCUGAGUCAUUGUAAGCUGUCAGAGAGAAGCUGUGAAGGUCUGUCCUUAGUUCUCAGCUCCAAGUCUAAUCUGAGAGAGCUGGACCUGAGUUACAACAACCUGCAGGAUUCAGGAGUGAAGCUGCUGUCUGUAGGACUUCAGAGUCCAAAAUGUACACUGGAAACUCUCAGAAUGACUGACUGUAACCUCUCAGAGAGAAGCUCUGAAGCUGUGUUGUCAGUUCUUAGCUCAAAGUCCUCUAGUCUGAGAGAGCUGGACCUGAGUAACAAUGACCUGCAGGAUUCAGGAAUGAAGCUGCUUUCUGAUGGACUUCAGAGUCCACAGUGUACAUUGGAAACUCUCAGUCUGUCAGGCUGUUUGAUCUCAACAGAAGGCUGUACUUCUCUGGCAUUAGCUCUGAGCUCAAACCCCACCCAUCUGAGAAAGCUGGACCUGAGCUACAAUCAUCCAGGAGAGUCAGUAGUGAAGCUGCUGUCUGCUGGACUGGAAGAUUCAAACUGGAGACUGGAAACUCUCAGGGUGGACCAUUGUGGAGAGCAGAGGUUGCGACCUGGUGUGAGGAAGUAUUUCUGUGAACUCACAGUGGACACAAACACAAUGAGCAAACACGUCGUACUGUCUGACAACAACAGGAUGAUGACAGUAGUGAGUGAGGAGCAGCCAUAUCCUGAUCAUCCAGAGAGGUUUGACUUCUUGAUUGAGCUCCUGUGUAGAGAUGGUCUGACUGGUCGCUGUUACUGGGAGGUCGAGAAGCGCGGAGAUGUUCGAGUAGCAGUGAGUUACAGAGGAAUCAUGAGGAAAGGACUCCGUGAUGACUGUGCGCUUGGAAAUACUAAACAGUCCUGGACUCUGAUCUGCUUUGGCGAUCGUUAUUGUGUUGGACACGAUAACGUUCCAACAGUCCUCCCUGUCUUUUCGUCCUCCACCUCUUCUGAUAGAGUAGCAGUGUAUGUGGACUGUCCUGCUGGCAUUCUGUCCUUCUACAGAGUCUCCUCUGACUCACUGAUCCACCUCCACACCUUCAACACCACAUUCACUCAACCUCUUUAUCCCGGGUUUUCAUUCUGGUAUGGUUCCUCAGUGUCUCUGUGUUCUCUGAAGGAGGAGACAACUUCCGGUACUUUGGUUUAAAUGUUGAUGGUGGACGAGGCUUCACUUUGGUUCACAUUUGGCUCACUGAUUGUGUCUUUAAUGACAGACAUCUUCUUCUUAGAAAGGAUGAAAUGCUCUCCUCAGGGCAGAAAUUGUUGUGUGCAAACUAUGUUGACUUUGAUCACAUUUUAAUGUCUGUAGUGAAUGUCGUUAACUUCAAUUUGUAUUUGUCUUUGUAUUUGAAUUUAUUUUAAGGAUCACCAUUAGCUGAGACGACCAGCUGGUCUUCACUACAUUAGAUCAGAAACAUAACAAUGUCUGUGUAUAAAUUUAAUAACAAUAAAUAAACUGUUGCUUUUCA